AUGUCAGACGCUGCUGCUCCUGCUCAAGCUCGUGGUGGAUUCGGCCGUUCCGGAGCCGCUCCCCGUGGUCGUGGUGGCCCUCGUGGCGGCCGUGGUGGUCCUCGUCGUGGAGGUCGUAGAGACGAAGAGAAGGGCUGGCAACCAGUCACCAAGCUUGGCAGACUUGUCAAGGCUGGUAAGAUCAAGUCUCUUGAGGAGAUCUAUCUCCACUCUCUCCCUGUCAAGGAGUACCAAAUCAUUGAUCAAUUCUUGCCCACUUUGAAGGACGAGGUCAUGAAGAUCAAGCCUGUUCAAAAGCAAACCACUGCCGGUCAACGUACCCGUUUCAAGGCUGUUGUUGUCAUUGGUGACUCUGCCGGACACGUUGGUCUUGGUAUCAAGUCUUCUAAGGAAGUCGCCACUGCUAUCCGUGCUGCCAUCAUCAUUGCCAAGCUCUCCAUCAUCCCCGUUCGUCGUGGUUACUGGGGUACUUCUCUUGGUCAACCCCACUCUUUGCCCACUAAGGUCACUGGUAAGUGCGGUUCCGUCACUGUCCGUCUUAUCCCUGCUCCUCGUGGUACUGGUGUCGUUGCCUCUCCUGCCGUUAAGAAAUUGCUUCAACUCGGUGGUGUUGAGGAUGCUUACACCUCUGCCUCCGGUUCCACCAGAACCACUGAAAACACCCUCAAGGCCGCUUUCGUCGCCAUCGGUAACACAUACGGUUUCCUCACCCCCAACCUCUGGAAGGAGACUGCCUUGGAGCCCUCUCCUUUGGAUGUCUACCACGACGUUGCUGCCGGCAAGGCUAGAUACUAA